GUUGAAGCAUGGGGGAUGCCACACUUGUGCUGAAUUUUUAAGUUGCUUUUUUGGUGCUCAGGGUCGGUUUAGGCCUAAGAGACGGAUUAUUUGAUGCUUGCCAAAUUCCAGUGGCCGCCGUUGUUCAGAAGUCUGUGAACAGAAGCACUUGGUUCUGACAGUGCGCUAGCGAGGCUAAGUCAACACAAAGGAAAUGCGGCCGAGUUGACUUGAAAACAUUCUAUGGAGUCUGCAGUGUGACAUGUGGACUUGAGCUUUCGGUGGAUGGGAAAAUCUCUCUGUAGCUUUAGUCCUGUGAAGUGGCGUUAUGGCUACGGCAAUUCAAAGUAGUUCGCCCCGAGAGUCAAUAUCGUGAUGGAAAAAAAGGAGACAGCUAAGUAGUUCUUCGGAUGCGACCCUUCGCCGUAGUAGAAAAUAUUAAAUGCCUUAUUACAGCGGUUAAGUGAGUGUACGACGCUUGGUUAUUUAGCAUUAACGGCGCUGUUCAGUGAGCGAAACGCCGCGGCUUCUCUUUGCAAAGUAUCCGCUCGUCAAAAGUGUCAGAAAAGUGUUCGGAAUAACGAUGGCAGCACCGUCCACCGAAGCCCUGUUCUUGCUAAAGGACGUGAAGCCUGGCUCGAAAAACCUCAACAUUGUGUUCAUCGUUUUGGAAAUCGGCAGAGUAACUAAAACCAAAGAUGGCCAUGAGGUGCGCUCCUGCAAGGUGGCAGACAAGAGUGGAAGCAUUGCCAUUUCCGUUUGGGAUGAGCUGGGCAGCCUGAUCCAGCCGGGAGAUAUAAUCAAGCUGACCAGAGGGUACGCGUCCAUAUGGAAAGGGUGCCUGACGCUUUACACUGGACGAGGAGGGGACUUGCAGAAGAUUGGCGAGUUUUGCAUGGUCUAUUCAGAAGUGCCCAACUUCAGUGAGCCAAACCCUGAGCUGCUUGCCCAGAACAACCAGCAGAACAAGUCUGGUAAACCGGACCAGAACCAGAGAGGGAACUCUCCGCCCAAUCAGAAUUCAGGUACACCUGCCAUGCCAGGUAACGGUGCCAUGCCGCCAUUUUCUGGCAAUAACAACAACAACCAGUCCUCCGGCGCUCCCCGCGACUCCUCAUUCGGCGGGGCCGGUCGACCCAACGGUAGAACUACUGGUAACGGAGCCCCGGCAGUCACAGCAGCGGGACCCCCGACAACUGCCAAGAGUUCAGUCACCAUAAGUAACGGCAGGGACCCCCGACGUGCCAAAAGAUGAAUCCCAAACUGUCACAAUCAUUCGUAGGAAGCCCAUCUCUCACCAGAACCUUCAUUUUUAACCUUUCUAUGGAGAAUAAAUCAUGACCAGGACCAUACUCCCACAUAGGUAUACAGAACGUGCCCAUUGCAACACAGAACUCAGCUCAGUUCCAGAGAACACAUAAGCCCCGCCCACUCACCUGCUCUGUCAGAUGCCACCUCGUACUUGAACACUUGAUGCACUUUCUUCUCUUCAUUUAACACAGGGAAGCAUGGCUGUCGUUUAGAAAUCAGGACAUUCAUUUCAGUGGAUCGGCUUUGUCAGACAUUUGGACUUCCAUGAAAACCAACCAUUUUUUUUCUUUUUCCUUUUUCUCCAAAUUGUAACCGAUGUAAGUGACUGUGAAAGAGCAGAAGGAGAGGUGAUAUUUUUAUUGAUGCACACGUAGAUGAGAACAUUUCUCUGGUAUGUACGAUCAUCCGGGUGGGACCACUUCACAUGUGGUGAUUCAAAUAAAUUUUACAGCAAA